AUGAGGGAUGACUUACCAUUACAAUACUCUCCAAUGUCAGAAGAUUCGGAUGAAGCAAGAUUCUACGAGGACCCAACAAUAACAAGCACUAGCUCAUCGCAACCCGAGAGCCGUCCAACUAGUCCAGUUUCAAGGCACGACAAUGUAGGAUACAAGCGAGCUAAAAGUAACCGUGACAACAAGCGAGGUAUCUCAUGA